AUGCAAGCAUCAAACUUUUCCAUAAUUCUGGGUACUACUGCUAUGGAAUUUGAUACAAAUAAAGAAAUAAAUCAAGUCGUAUCUAUUCAUGGACCUGAUGCAUAUCGAGCUAGCAUUUAUAUUAGCAUUAUACAAAAGCAAGAAUAUGCGCAUAGUUUUGGUAUAGCAAAAAGUGGAUUAAAGUUUGCUCUUGAGAAUGGAUUGGUUAACGAAUUU